UUUAUUCCCCUCCCCCGUCUUCUGAUUUCUGGUGGACGCGAAACCGAUAGCGGCAGAGAGGGAGGCACAGCACGAACAGCUCGUUGGUGGCAUCAAGCGAGCUGGGAGAAGGCCACGAGCGCUCGCGCGACCGAGAUCAGAGCUUCUCCUUCGUCGCAGUGGUGGGGAACGCGGCGAGCGCUUCCGUGAUGGGCGCGGGCGCCCAGGAGGAUGAAGAGGAGACGGCCAUAGUUGCCGAGGGAGGAGGAGGCGGAGGGGAGGAGGAGCAGGUGGCGGCGGAGGGCGAAGGGGAGGAGGAGGAGCAGGUGGGGAAGGGAGGAGAGGGCGAGGGCGGGGAGGAGAAGGCUGCGGCGGUGGUGUCGUGCUCGAUCUGCCUGGACAGGGUGGUCGCCGGCGGCGAGGAGAGGUCCACCGCGAGGCUGCAGUGCGGCCACGAAUUCCACCUUGAUUGCAUUGGUUCAGCAUUUAAUGCCAAAGGAAUUAUGCAAUGCCCCAAUUGUCGCAAAAUUGAGAUGGGGAAUUGGCUUUAUGCAAAUGGUCCCCGAUCAUCACAGGAUGCAAACAAUGAUGAAUGGGGCUAUGAUGAAGACCUUUAUGAUGUUGCUCACUCAGAUAUGGCAACCUUUGUGCCACUUCGCAUCCAGUGGUGUCCAGUUGGGCGCUUACCAGCUUUGUUCGAAGAAUUAGAGACUGCACCGCCAGCUACUUUUAAUGAUUUUAUGGGGCCAAACUUCAACUCAGAGCAUGUGGCUGUAUCUGUACCUGGCACAGCUCAUCCAGGUCCAUAUCUCGCUUACUUUCAGCCUGUGCCGCCACCAGCACCAUCAAGCUCCCAUGUUGCUGAGAGAACAAUAGAUGGUGCUGCAUAUCAUGAUCACUGGAACCCUCUGGCCGGACCAUCAGAUGGCCGACCGGUGCAGACAGUACAUCCCAUUGAUUUCCAUCAUAACCCCUGGGCACACAUGCCGCACUCCUAUUCUCAAUCCAACAACAAUAAUGGUGUAGCUGAGCAGCCAUUACUCCCUGUGGGGGCAAUGAGGGUUGGAGGGGUUGACAGUGAUAGCCAACGAGGAUCUCUCCCAUCAUUUUAUGGAAACGGGUCUGGAACACCUAGGAUCCCAAGUGUUCCUCCUAUGGCGCCACAAUUCAUAAGAGCACAUCACAACAUAAAUGAUCAAUUUCAGCAGAGUUCUAGCUUAUUCGCUGGGUCACAGCGAUCAGGAGGCAUGCAUCCAUUAGGAGCUGGUGGGCCUGCCGUGCCACCUCCGGAUAACACCUCCUUUUGCCUGUUCCCACCAGCUUCAUCGGGUCCUAGUACAAUGGAGACUGAGGAUGUCAGAGGAAAUCAGUUCUACGCCUGGGAGAGGGACCGCCUCGCUCCGUACCCUCUGGUGUCUGCAAAUAAUGAAGGUACCUGGUGGAGCUCUUCACAACAGCAGCAGCCUCAUGGCUUACCUGAGCCUGCAUCUGCCUCAAGAAGGCUGCCCGGGCAGUGGAUUGGCGGCGCUGCUAGGUCGCCACCACAGGAGAAUAGAUUGCCAGACAACUCACCAUUCCGUCCAAUGCACAUCCCUCGGAUGUAGCGCAGCGCCAGUAUGGCCUAAGUUAAUAGUACAGACUUGCUGUUAGUUGUAAAAAGCGGAAACACCGUUGUAAGAAAGUCCAGUUGGAUGGUAAACCUUGAGAUAAUGUGCAGGAUGCUGAAGAAAAUGACCUGAGGCGAAAACGUUUCGACUUGGGUUUAUCGGAUUCGAUGAAUUACAUAUUUCCAAGUCAGGCUGAGGCUUUUCAAA